AAACAAGUUUCCGUCGAUCACGGUGAAAACGGUGGAAGAAUUCAGUCGACAUCAUGGAGAAUCUGAGCGAAGGCGACAAAGCUGUCUUGAGCACAAUCUUCGAUCCGCUUCAACUUGGUCUGCCUGAUUUUUCAAAAGAAGAUGAUACGACGGAUAUUCUCGAGGAGAAUCAUCUAGAAUCGCACGUGUCGGAAAUCGUGAAGAAGGCGAUAAUCUGCGCGGAAGCGAAGAAUUUCGACGAGUCGUUUCGUCUCUUUGACGAAGCUUUGAAGCAAGCACCCGCAUCACCGUCAAUUCUAAACGACAGAGCACAAGCGUUACGUUUGGCGAAUCGAGACAAAGAAGCUUUGAAGGACCUGCAUCUGGCGGUAGAGUUGAGCCAAGGCAAAGGAAGAGCGGGCAUUCAGGCGCUUUGUCAACGUGGCGCUCUUUAUCGGUGGCUGGAGCAGGACGAUGAGGCCAAAAAAGACUUUGUACGCGCGGCCAAGGCUGGCUCGAGCUUCGCUAAAUCGCAGUUGAUCGCUCUGAAUCCUUAUGCGGCCAUGUGCAACGCGAUGCUGCGCGAGAUCACUUCCAAGGCCAACCGCACUUAAUCUAAUCCAUGGGAUCGCAUUUCUUGAAACAAUGAUCAUUUAAUAGAUAACGCUUUAUUUUUUCUUUAUUUCGAUAUAGAUAAACUCACGACUGGUAGAUCUAUAUGUAUAGAUCCUGAUAUAAUGAUAUAAUCGCAAAGUAUAAUCAUAAUAAUAACAAUGAUAUUAGAAAUUUCGCAUAAAAAUAUAAAUCCAUCCAUCUGUAUCAAACCGGGAAUAUAUUUCUUUGUAAAAUUUGGGUUUCAUUUCUGCUAAAAAGGAACUCGCGCUAAAUCGACAAACGACGAAGAAAACAUCAAGUUCUGUGUACCCGUAAAGAUUCCUUCUCUUCCAGCUAAUCAUUAUUCUCCCCGGAUUCGAAAUGAUUUACAUCAAACGGGAGAGAAAUUAGUUAACUAGGUGCGAAAUUAAUUAACUAUGUUAACUGUCGGUAGACAUGGAUCGCGUUGAGAGAUUGAAGACUUGGAACAAUACUCAUAAUUUAUUCAACGGAAACUGAGAGAGAUAUACGCUCGAUAACGCAAUCAUACGCCUAAUAAUAAUUCUUUCGUAUUACACAUAUAGAAUAAAAUGUCUUAUCACACGU